GCUCCGGGAUGCCGCAGACGGACGCGUCCCGUCAGGACCUCACGCGAUGGAGGAAGACGAAGAAGGAGCCGGUGCGCCGCACGGUCAGCCAGAUCUGCCCGCCCCCGCGGCGGCCCCUGGCGGUGGCCGACAUCCGCCCGGGCAUGGAGAACGAGAGGCUGGGGGUCGUCCGGGACUCCAUGUUUCAGAACCCGCUCAUCGUCAAGGCAGAGCUGGGCAAGCCAAGGGAGAGAAGCUGCAGCCUGCCCGGCGUCAACUUCAACUACGGCCUCUACAUCCGGGGCCUGGACGGAGGGGUCCCCGAAGCCAUCGGGAACUGGAACGUGCUUAAGCAGCAGCCCACCUGCCCCCUGGAGCUGACCCGGAACUACAUCGCCAUGAACCGAGGGGCGGUGAAAGCCGGCCUCGUGACAGCCCAUGAGAACAUUCUCUACCGGAGGCUCAAUGACAUCCGUAUCAGUGAGCAGGACGACCGGCGCUUGAAGAAGGAGCCGCCGUCCAUCCCUACAGACAUGACCUUUGGGAUCCAGUCAAGGCCAUCGACACCCCUAUUUGAUCUGCUUCAGCAUCGGUACCAGCAGCUGUGGGUGCAGGAGCAGAAGGCCACCCAACAGGCCAUCAAGCUGGAGAAAAAGCAGAAGGUGAUCCUGGGGAAGCUGUAUGAUACCCGGAGCAGCCAGCUGAGAAAGUUCAAGCCCCCUGUGAAGCUGGACCGCCUCUGGCACAUGCCUCACUUCCGCAAGGCCGUCUCCCAGCUGGACACGUUCCCCACCGAGGCGGACCGCCAGCGCGCCUUCCGAGCCCACCGCGAGGAGCGGGCCGUGCGCCAGGGGACGCUGCGGAUGGGCAACUACACCCACCCCUAGACCACGAC